UUCUUUAACCACUAUCUCAGUCUUCUCAAAUUUCCGCCUCUCCUUGUCCAAAAAUCAAGGAUCUUAUACCUUGCUUUCUCUCCAUUGUUGUCAUUGUUACUUUCGCUCGCACUAUCCAUAUUCUCCACUGCUACUUUUUCCUCUCAUUUCCUUUGAUUAGCUUUCGCGGCACUUCUUCCUCAUUGCUGGCAAAAUGGCAAAUGCAGCGUCUGGAAUGGCUGUGGAGGAUGAGUGCAAAUUCAGGUUCCUGGAGCUUAAAGCAAAGAGGAUCUACCGUUACAUUGUGUUCAAAAUUGACGGACAGCAGGUGGUGGUCGAGAAAUUAGGGGGUGCUGGCGACAGUUAUGAUGACUUUAUGGCCAGCCUGCCGGCUGAUGAGUGCCGUUAUGCUGUCUAUGAUUUUGAUUUCACAACCGAUGAGAAUUGCCAGAAAAGCAAGAUCUUCUUCAUCGCAUGGUCCCCAGAUAGCUCAAAGGUGAGGAUGAAGAUGGUGUAUGCUAGCUCCAAAGAUAGAUUCAAGAGAGAAUUGGACGGCAUACAAGUGGAAUUGCAGGCAACCGAUCCAAGCGAGAUGAGCUUGGACAUUGUGAAAGCUCGAGCCAUCUAAUCUAAGCAUGUCUUUCUUGAUGUUACCAUAGAGCGAGCAAUGAUGAAUGACAUGCACUUUUACUGGCAUAUUGUUCUUCCUUAAAAGUUAAAAACUCAAUAUAUGCUUGUUCAGUUUUUUCUAGUGUGAUCUUGGAUUGUUGGUUGGUUGGUUUAAUUGGGUCUAUCAAGUUGCCAAUCUAGCCUCUUGGUUUUUCAAUUGGGGUUGGCUCUUGGGCAAUUGUAUUAGCUGUUACUGCAAAAAUGAUCAAACAAACUCAUAUAUGUAUGCUUAAUGUCUCCAAUUCUUCUUUUAAAACCAUAUUUUGGAUUGGAAAGACCUUA